AUGGCCUCGCAGCUCUUCCCCAAGGAGGACGUGCCUGCGCUGAAGGCUUGGAUUGUAAAGCGCCUUGAAAAUACGUCCGAUGCGGACGCAGAUGUGCUCGCCGAAUAUGUUAUCGAGCUUCUGCGACACGAUGGAGACGUCAAUUCGAUUCGAGAGCUUUGCAAGCAGGAGAUACGCGAUUUUCUAAACGACGAUGAUUCCUCCCUUUUCAUCGACGAUGUAUUCAAAGCUAUCGCCGAAAAGCUAUACCUACCCCCCGAAGCUCGCCCCCCGAGGCCAUCUGCGAAUCCGACCCCCAUCUACGACCCGAACCAACCCCUUGCAGGGUUCGGCCCCAACCAGCCCCUCGAAGGGUUCAACCCGACCCAGAUCCAAAGCCUGCAACCGCAGUAUCCUGGGCAAACGCUUCUCAACGGCUCAAGAAAACGUUCGUACCAGGAGCGUCUCGAUGACGGAGAAGAGCACGGUGUGCCAGGAUAUCAACCAGGCGACACUAGUCGAGUUAUCAAACAGGCACGGCGAGGCUACGGCGCAGGUAGAGAUUCACAACGCAGGAACCAUAACUUGCCCCUAGCGCCUACAGCGAUCUCCAACCUUCCCCUUCCUCCUGGGUUUGCACAAUUCGACCAAGUUCCGGAGACGCUUCCGUUUCCUCCUCCGUUCAUCUAUCCCGGCCAGGCUAAGAGUGGCGCGGGCGGUAGCAGGCCGCGACGGAAGCAGCGAUGUCGCCAAUUUGAUACACAGGGAUUUUGUCCUAGAGGUCUGACAUGCCCGUAUGAUCACAGCCUACCAGAGUUUACGCAAGUCCAACCGGUUCCGAUGACCAUGGAGAUUAAUGAUGCCUAUGACCCGAACGAACCCAACUUUAUCCUCUACGCCACCCAACAAUCUCUGGCGCCAUUCGUGCCCCCUCCUAAUGGAAAGGGACCGGUUAAGCGCCGCCGGGGAGACAAGUCGCGUAAAGGCACCCGGGACAGACUCCCCAGGACUGCGUUCGCCUUUGAGGGACCGAUUAAGGACCGGAACCGAACGGCAAUUGUCGUCGAGAACAUUCCCGAAGAGAACUUCAACGAGGAAUCCGUACGUGGCUUCUUUUCCCAGUUCGGACAGAUCCAAGAGAUUUCUAUGCGGCCCUAUAAGCGCCUGGCCGUUUUAAAAUUCGACACGUGGGAUUCAGCGAACGCCGCGUAUCAGUGUCCGAAGGCGAUCUUCGAGAACCGAUUUGUUAAGGUCUAUUGGUACAAGGAAGAAGCCGACGUCCCCACGAAGGGAAGCGGAGGAUCGAGCGAUGCGCGAGCCGAAGCGGAUGGCCACCAAGGUGAGCCGGAGUUCGACAUGAAUGAGUUCCUUCGAAAGCAGGAUGAGGCGCAAAAGAUUUUUGAGAUGAAGAAGCAGCGACGGGCCGAGCUUCUCAAACAAAAAGAGGAGCUGGACAAACGGCAGCAGGAGUUGCUGGAGAGACAGCUCGAGGUUAAGCGUAAGCUCGAAGCCAAAUUGGGCAACACGCCCGGCUCAAGCGAGGGUACCGACGGCGGAAACGCGGCCGGAAACUCCACGACGGAGUCUCUAAGGGCGCAGCUCAUGAAACUUGAGGAGGAGGCCAGGAUUCUCGGAUUGGAUCCCAACUCGGACGCCUCUCCGCUGGACGAAUCCGUCGGCGGACCCGUUCGCGGCGGGUAUCGCGGUAGGGGCGCAGGCUUUAGGGGUAGCUCACGAGGCAGGGGUUCGAGGGGCGGCUACCGGGGCGGUUUCCGCGGCGGCUUUGGCGAUGUCCACGAGGCGUAUGCGGCAUACUCACUUGAUAAUCGGCCGAGGAGGGUUGCCGUUACGGGUGUUGACUUCACAGCGCCAGAGAAGGAUGAGGCGCUGCGGCAGUUCCUUCUUGGCGUUGGUGAAUUCGCAGCUGUAGAGACAACCCCCGCCACCACGCACAUCACCUUCAAAGAACGAAAGACAGCUGAAGUCUUCCUUCUCCAACUCCACAACAACUCCCUCCCCGGAGUCGAGGGCACUCUCAAAGUCACCUGGGUGCCGAAUUCGACCCCCAGUCUUACUACUAAUACCACCACUACCACUACUACUGCUACUGCUACCGGCGACACGGCCAGAGUCACGGAUGAGAAGAAGAUCGGGGGAGUGGACGGCGCGGAUGACGACAUGCUCGAGGAUGGAGAGGUUGUCGAGGAUGAAGGGAAGAGGGAUAUGGAUUAUGAAGUUGCGGAUGAGAAUGAGUGGGGUGCUUAG